UUUUUGUAUAUAUUUUGAUAUGUGAUUCAAUUUUGAGAAAGUGAGUUGAAUUAAAGAGUAGUUUCAAAGAUGAUGGCCAUACCAGUUUUCACGCUCCAUCUGAACUAUCAAGUCUUGCCUGGCAGAAUAACAAUUGGCAAAUAUGACGGAUCGCAUUGUUGCUUGACGGCUGCUACCACCGGUGAUAAGGUGCUGAUCCACAGUCCUCACAAGAGGGACAAAGAAUUCUCUCUGCUGAACAUAAAUCAGAAUAUCACAGCGCUGUGUGCCGGCCGGCUGAACCCAGACGAGGAGAAAGAUAUUCUGGUUGUCGGCACCAAGGGCAGUCUGCUCGCCUACCAUGUUGAGAAUAAUUCCGACAUAUUCUACCGACAGGUGCCAGAUGGUGUGAAUGCAAUCACAAUAGGGCGAUUAGGUCUUCUAGAGAACCCCCUAGCUUUGGUGGGAGGUAACUGCUCCAUACAGGGGUUCGAUGCAAAGGGUAAUGAUCCCUUCUGGACGGUCACCGGAGAUAAUGUCAGAUCACUCGCGCUUCUAGAUGUCGACGGUGAUGGAGAAAAUGAGCUGGUGGUUGGUUCGGACGACUUUGAGCUGAGGAUCUUCAAGGAGGAUGCGAUAAUGGCCGAGUUGACAGAAACAGAGGCGAUCACAGCGUUGGCUGCCUUCGAAACAAUCGAUUUGCCUACGCGCUGGCCAAUGGACAGUUGGCGUCUAUGA